CUAGGCUCAAAGAAAGGAGCGGAGUUGUUGAAAUACUGAAGUGGGCGUGAAAAGCAAAAAAGAGGGAGAACAGAAAGAAAAAUGGAAAUUGAUAAACCAAUAACAGUUGCACUGCUAGCAAUGGAGCAAUCCAGCUUUUGUUACAAAGCCUGCUUUAGGUGUGAAACGCCUAUCCCUAACACUACCCCUUCUCCUACUUUCUGCAACACCUGCAAUGGCAGCCCCAACCCCUUCAAACGCCUCUUCCGCCUUCUUUUCUCGAUAGCAACAGAUACUAGGGUCAUUACUGUUGUAUGCUUCGAUAGGGACGCUAGGGUCAUCUUUGGUUGUUCUGCUCAGCAAUUCUUUGACUUUGCAACUCAGCACCCUGACGCCGCUAAAAAUGCUAAUCAUGCUUUGGUGGGAGAAUUGUUCAGAGUCGUUUUGACCAAACCAAAAAGGGGUAAAGCAGAGCAUCUGCGGAUGACAUCCGUUGUUCCAUUGAGGACUGCUUUUCAGCCAGUAAUUGAGACUUUGAAAGAACUAAAUCAAGUUGAGCAAAAUGGAGAUAAAACUGCCUAGUAUUAUUGGUUCAGCAACAAGUUGGGCAAGAAGGUGUUUUAAGCUUUUGAACAUUAAUCUAAUGGGAUCAUCUGAUGCUUGUAUCUUUUUGUUUUCGAUGUACAGCGGAAUGCAUAUUGAAAGCUUCAAUCAAGUAGUUGCAGCCUAUAGUUAUUGUAUCAGUUUCUGAGAAAAAAUGUACUAGUCAUCCUGAUUAACUAUCUUUCUUUUGCUUGAGA